CAAGGCACAUUGUGUAAUAAGAGAUUAUGUAUUUUUGUUUUUGAAGGGCACUCUGCCAAAUAUGGCAGUUACACAAUGAUGGACCUGGAGACAAACACCGUUGUUGAUGUACAACUCGUCCAGAGUAAUGAAGUUGGAGGAAGUUACCAUAUGGAAAAGGAAGGUUUGAAGAGAGGUCUUGACUUUUUGGAUGCUCGUGGAGUGACUCUGGACUGCAUUGUGACUGACCGACAUCCGCAAAUACAAAAAUUCCUCAGGGAACGCAAUGUCAACCAAUUCUAUGAUGUCUGGCACGUAGAGAAAGGAAUUUCAAAGCAGCUGGAAAAAGUGUGCAAGUUGAAGGGUUGUGAGAAAAUACGUAAAUGGUUGCAUAGUAUUAAAAACCACAUCUAUUGGACUGCUGCAUCAUCAAGCAGUGGACCUGAAAGAGUGGCUAAAUGGAUGUCUAUGCUAAACCAUAUCCAAAAUAAGCACACACAUGAAGACAGCAAUUUUCCAGCAUGUCUACAUGGAACAAGGAGAAGUCGAGACACAAAAAAGUGGCUAGUUGCUGGAACACUGCCAUAUUUAAAGUUGGAGAAAGUUCUCUCCAACAAGAGAAUUGUGAAGGAUGUUGCCAAGCUAAGUCCGCACUUCCAGACUUCUUCUAUCGAGGUUUUCCACAGUGUAAUACUACGGUUUACACCAAAAAAUGUGGUUUUUCCAUUUCUGGGAAUGUUGUGCAGACUAUACCUGGCUGCACUACAUUACAAUGAGAAUGCCGGGCGUCCUCAAGCCACAACAGCAGCUGGUCAACCGGUGUUCAAAGUGACCUUUCCAAAGGCCAAGAAGGGAGAAUACCGGGUCAGAGAAGUUAAGACACAAACAACAUUCAGGUAUGUGGAUGACCUGCUGGACCUCAUAUUUGAUAAAGUCUUUGUGGAUCCUGCACCAUAUGUGGAUGAUGUUUUGAGGAUACCAAUACCACCAGCAUUGUGUGCAGAGUAUGACCGACCAGAGAAGGAGGAGGCCAUCUCUAGUAGGGUAUCUCGGUUUAAUCAAUAGGUGGUCGAAAACCUACAUAACUUCCCUGGGCAUCAGGAAACUCUCUUCGAAUCCUCAGGACCACACAGGCUGGAAUCACAACUCAAACUUUUCUUCCAAGGAAACCCCAGCACCAGCUCACAAAACUCAGAUAAGCUAAAAAUCUGUAACGACUAACGCACACACACAGGCACGUUCUCAAAACAGGGUUCAAGGAUUUUUCAGUGUUUUUUUUUCUUUCAAAUAUCUAUCAUUUGUUGUCUGGAGUUGAAAUAUUUGAUAUUUAAUUGAUCAUGGUUCAAUUUAUUUUUGGAGGAAUGUCCUUUUAUUAAAAUUAUUUUAUUUCUAAACUUAUUUGUACAGUUCAGUGUUUUUAUACAUAAUGUAAAUUAAAAAAAAAAGUAUAUGCAAGUUAUUGUGAAAUUAUUUAACGCUAUAAUAUGUUUUGUUUUCACUAUUAUUUCCUUUGAAUAUAA